GACUUGCAAAGCUGAUGUCUGCUGUGUUUGCGUUGCAGACAUGCAGUGAGCGUGAGAGUACACGAGUUUACAAAGUUUCUUUACUGGUUCAUUUUUUUCUCAACAUGAAAUUUUCAAUUUAGUGUUCAUUUUUACUUUUUAUCGUUGUAGUUUGUAGUUCAUAUUGAUAUUGGAAGCUUCUGAUCACUUUUGUUCUGUUAAUCUACGUAAACAGAGUUUUCUGGAUGUCAGGAAUUCAUACAUACGGUAUCCUCAAGUCAGACAGUGAUGAUGAAGAAGCCGUAACUUACGUAUAAUGCCAAUUUACGUAAAAAUGUUUUUUUACAGUUCUACUAGUAAUUGCAAUGUUUUUAGUAAAGUUUUAAAGUUAUUCAGGUUAAUUGAAUAAUUAUUAUUCAACUUACGUUUUGAAACGUAUCAUUUUAAAUUGUAUUGGAGUCUGUAACUUUUUGGAAGAGAAACUGGUACAAACUUGCAAGAAGAUGACUAAUAGAACAAAAAUGUGGCUGAAGCCCACUGAUCAAAUGGAUCUGUGGUUGGAAACUCAGAACUACUAUCGAAAGCACACAGCUCGAGACAGCACUUGUCUCUUUAGGGCUGUUGCUGAACAGCUUGGCUUAACCCAGCAUUGUCAUUUGAAGCUUAGACGACAGGUUGUAGACUAUGUUCUACUAUUUGAGGAUUUGUUCAAAGAUAAAUUGUCGUGUACUUUGAAAGAGUAUGAGAACAGAAUGAGAAUUUCCACUGAAUGGGCAGGAGAGUUUGAACUGGACGUUAUUUCUAGGAUAUACAAAUGUGACUUCCUCCUUUUUCGAGAAGUUGGUAAGCCAGCUGACGACAUCACUGGCAGAGGCUACGACGAGAAAAUAAUGCUCUGUGUCUCUCAGGAGAGGCACUACGAUUCUGUCUACACCAAGGAACACAUCUCCGAUACAGCCUAUUGUCAAUCCUUGGUGUAUGAACAGCUCUACAAACGGGGAUUCGGUUUGGUGGAAGUGGAUUUCGCAGUGAAGAAAAUGCUACACGAUAAAGCACCAAGAUAUCAAAGGGAUACUUGUAUGUCAUUUGGUGGUAUGGCUCUGCGUCUAGAAAUGAGAGACACAUGUUUGAAUGUGAAAGAACUACUUUUAUUAGGAGUGACACCGUUCCCUUAUAAGGUGGCAAAGUCAUUGGAUCCAGAAAUCUAUCGUAACGUUGAGUAUGAUACAUGGAAUGAUUAUAGGAAAGGUCUGAGAUAUGGAAACCGAGUUUGGACGGCCAAUGAGUUGUGCAUUGGAGUGAAGUGUCGUGUCAAACUUGACCAAGACAAAAACUACCACGGCUUCAUACAGGAAAUGGAACCAGACAAAGGACCAGUACUUAUUUUUGUCGAAGAGCUCGGCGAAAAGAUCACAGUGCCGUAUGAGUGCCUGGAGCUGUUGCCGCCGCCGUCGCCGCAACCGCAGCCGUCAUGUCUGCAGACGGUCGCCUGCAAGCAGCUGCGUCAUCUGCAGGCCGUCAAACAGGCGCUGCUAGCCCAACAGCAGACGGCGCCUGACUCGAGCACUGCACCGGCACCUGCAGCUGCAGCAGCUGCAGCCAAGAAACCCACCAAGAAUGGCGCCAGGCAGAAGGCCAAGGAGACCAAUGAAGCCGACGCCAAGAAGCCGAAUGCUAACAGCGUCAGCUACGACGACCAGCAUUCCAUGCAGUCAUCCAACUAUUUACCUUCUGCCGCCGGUUCUGACAGCUACGAGCAGGAGUUGGAGUUGGACUUUCAACAAGAAAUCCACGGUGGUUAUCAGCAAGCGCAUCUCUACCCUACUCAGAGUGCUGAAAUAUCCAGCUCAAUGAACCCCGAGUGUGAGCAAGCUGUAAACAUGGCUUCGUGUCCCCCUGUGGCACAUUAUGCUGUAAACACCAACCCCAACAAUGUCUAUCACAUUCCGCCUCCGAGCACUCCGGCCUAUUGUGCUGUCAAUUACGUUCCAGCCAGAUCUCUGCACCCCGAUGGUUCUGACUUGCCCAUGGCUGAUCUGCCCACUCUAAGAUACUACUACAACGUUGGAUUGGAUUAUUCGCGCAUGAACUACAUGAUGCAGCAGCCUGCGGCCAGAGCAGCCACCACUCACUGUUAUGUGCCCCCACCCACUCCCUACAUAGCAGACCCCUCCAUGUCAGCUGUCUCCUACGUCAACUAUGAGCCUGCGCAAGCACAACCGGCUCCUGCCGUCUACCCUGCCGCCGAAGCAGUGCCUAUAACUGUAGUUGGCCCUCCAGCACAAGCCGCCAAUGAGCCGGACUCCUCGGGGUAUGUUUCUCCUCCACAAAAUCAGCCGGUAGCUCCUCGUUUCAAGAACAAGAGGAAAAAUGAUCAGCAGAAUGUUUGCGCGUCACCUCCGCAAAUAACCAACCAACAACCAUCCAUGAGCACCGACGACCGACACCGCAGUCCGUCCGUUGUGACGCAGCCGCAGCCGCAGCCGUGCGCCACUCCGACAGUGCCGCCAGCGACGGUGAGCCCGGCUGCGGCCACUUUUACGCCGUCCACUUUGUCGCCGUCCCACUUUGUGCCAGUCCAGUCCAGCUACUCGCCUCUGCCCCCUCCCACUGCUCCGGUCUACUUUCACCCGGUCGAGCCCUACUAUGACUACUCUAUGUAUGACGCCUCUGCCAUCUACCCGACUACCUUCUAUCAGCCUCAUACUUCUUACGUGACUGCUGAAGGCGUCUACUAUCAGCCCUAUGUGCAACCGGCCACUUUAGAGUACUAAUGAGGCUUUUCAUUAACAUUAGGAGGUCCUGUUGAAUGAGUUAAGACUGUCACAUACCAGCUAUGUGAAUGUGGACCAUGUAUCUUACAGAAUUAACACUAGAUAAGCAUUUUCAUUCUUAUACAGUACUUCCUAAAUGUUAUGUAACUAGUUCCUAAUUAGCUACGAUGACUCUCUUCCUACCAAUGUCAUGUCAGUUUCAUGAGAUCUCAUUCUGGAGUAAUAGUUUUUAUUAUUAUUCAGGAUAGAUUGACAUAUGGGUAUAGUUCGAAAGCAGAAUAUUGCUUUUUAUUAUAAUUUCAAAACUACAAUCGAACCAUUGAGCCUCAUGUAUUCCAAUCACAUUAGUAUAUUUUGAUCAGAUAAUUAUAAUAAUUAUAUUAUUGAGUUAUAUUUUUAUUCAAGUAGACUAAACAUUUAGUAAUCUACCUUUAGUUUGAUGUGGAGUAUAAUGAUUAUAAUCAUACUUAAGCAGAUAUAUUUAGGGUGGAGAGAAAUAGUUAAUCAGUAAAAUUGAUCAAAAUUUCAAACAAUUAUUGUAACAUUUAUCCAUUACUAAUUACUUAAUUAGUCUUGUCUAGGAAUUAGCCCAGUCAAAGGAAAAAGCACAGAAAUAUUAACGUGUUAACUGAUGAUAGGAAAGCUACACUACAAUUAUUGACCAGGAAUAUAAACACACAUCAAUAACUAACUAUCGAAAACACAUUCUCUGGAUGUGUUCAUAUUUUAUGAAUAUAAUUGAUAUUAUGUCAACCACUGAGUUGUUUAAUAUAAAAUCUCCUGUUUGUAAAUACAGUUCAAAUCAAAUGUUACAUAAUGGAACAAUGUAUUACCAUAGAGAAAAUACAGCACAAGAAAAUUUUCUCUGUAGCAUUACCUAAUAGUAGGCUACCUAUAAUCUACAAAAUAGAAUAAAACAAGCACGUAUCAUUGCAUCUAUAUCAUGUUACAAUAGCAUGCACACUUUUUGAAACGCUGUGGCUACAGUUACGGUAACCGUAACUCCAUUAGCGUUCCGGUAAACAUUUGCGCAGGCGCGGCUACCGCUAUUUACAUGUGCAUUGUGGUGUUGAUGGUUUUUGGUGACAUGGCUAUGAUAACCUAUCGUUUCAAUGAAGUUAGUUAGAAAUAAGUUAGUUAAUAAUGAAGUUAGUUAGUUACUUAGAAAUCAUAACCAUGUGACCAAAAACCACAAGCACCACAAUGCACAUGUAAAUAGCGGUAGCCGCGCAUGCUCAAAUGUUUACCGGAACUCGAUACGAGCUACGGUUACCGUAACUGUAGCCACAGCG